GAUCACCUCGCCGACCGCUUUACGUGGAUACUCAACUAGCCAAUGGAGUUGGUGAAAAACGACGAAGUCCUGUCGCUAGCGUUGUGGAUUUCGUUCGCGGACGUAGUCGUGCCGCAUCGGUUAGUGAUUUUCAGCUUCAUUAGCCAAUAUGUGCAGCUCGCGCAAACAGAGGCGUCUACAGAUUGUAUUGAAGGUAACCAGAGAGUUAACACUAGCAUUUCUUUGUGCUAAUU